AUGGCAAUUCGCCCCUUGGAAACAGACUUCAAGAGCGUAGCCCUAGCUGCGAUCGAAAAGGAUGCCAGGAGCUGGGCUGCAAAGAGCCUCCCUUUUAAGGGGGUGAGACACAAUGUGACAAUACCACUGAUUACGAAUCCCCGAGACGACCCCAUGUCGUGUCGCGAGAGCGUGCAAGAGAAUGCAGCUAUCAGUUCCCAGGUCUCGGCACAAGUUCACGCCGUGUACGAGCAACUGCUCGCCUAUCGAAGCAGAACACCGGAGUCACUGACAAAGAUUCAGCUCCCGAGCAUUGAUUUGGAAAGCGACUUCCUCCUACAGCUCACAAUAGCAGCACAAUCGUUCGACAUUUACCCCGACUUCUGCAAACAUCGCAUCUGGCAUUCGCAUCGUCUGUGGUUGUCUGACACUGGCCUGCUUCCGAACUUGCCGUUUGUCAAGAAGCUUGGCAUAUCUUCGGGCGGCACGACUCCAGACCAUGAACGUGUUCGCCCGCUGUCUCUCCGUCUGCCUUUUCAAUGCUUUGUCCGCCUCCCCUCGAUCAGAGAGCUCGACUUACCGUGGAUGUGGGAACGGCUCCCCAUUGCAUACUCGCGUCGGGCCUUUCGCGAGUAUACAAGAUGCUGGGAAGGACCAUGGCGAGAUCAGCGUCACGACUUCGCCGCCGUGCUGAUGCGUCCCGAGGAGGAGCUCGGUAAUUCUAUCCCCGCAAGCUUGGAGAAAGCCCGCAUGCACUUCUGGGAACCUCUCAGCGUCCUAAAAGAAGACCAGGCAGCACAAAGGCCAAAUCUGAUUCAUCCAGCGCCAAAGGACCCUGUCUCUGUAUCGCUCUGCGAGCUGGCCGUCCAGCUAGAAGAAUUCGACCUACGUGCGCUCCUCACUCCGGACCUGUUUCCUGUCGCUGGAACGCAGCAGUGGUCCAAUAUGCGCCGGCUCCGUAUCGAGUUCCACCCUCUGCGUCCGGAUGGGCUUUGGUAUUUCAUUGGACCCCGCGGUGAGGAUCCGCACUCGGAAGGAGGUUUCAUCAUCUCUGAUGCGGAUCACUACCCUCCACUGGCAGACAGGCCAGAAGACAAGCUGCUCGAUCAAGCGUAUGCGCAGAACCCGGAUGAAGACGUCGAGGUCGAUUACCUUCCCGACCAUUUCCGGACGGCACCUUGCCGCGAGAGAAUUGAGCCACUUCUCUCCGCAUUUGCUACAGCUCUGGAAAAUACAGACAAGCUGGAAGACGCUUACUUGUUUGCGUUUUUGUCGUGGCGCCCUUCCGAGAGUCGACAAGAACAAUACGAGGACGAGUUGCCCUAUCAACCAAGAAAGAAUACUCACCGGUGGGGAGUUCGUUACCUUGCUGCCUCAGGCUCCGAGGGGGGUUCAGGGCCUACAGUCGAGUGGCAAGUUGGCAGUUGGAAGCCCAGUCAGGCUGUCAUGCAGCUCUUCGAGGAUCUCGGUCACCAAGAGUGGCUCGAUUUCGAGUACUACCCUGGCAGGCCUACUUACUUGGACACCUAAAUUCGAUAAACCGCAUCGCUCCCAAAAUCCGGACGCCGACAAACACAACACCAACACUACGCUAGAACAGUCCGAGUAUAGCGACUGUACCACAAGAGGGUAUCGCAUGCGUACACAUCAGCAUGUUUCGAUCAGCGCUUCACCCA